AUGCACGCAAGACAGCCAAAUGCCAUAAAACUAAUAGCUGGAAAUUCUCACGUUGAUUUAUGUGAAAAAAUUGCAUCUAAAUUAGGUAUAAAUAUAGCUAAAAUUGGUGCUUUUCAAUAUACAAAUACUGAAACAGCAGUAGCAGUAGGAGAAUCAGUAAGAGAUGAAGAUGUUUAUAUUAUUCAAACUGGGUGUGGAGAAGAUAGUAUAAAUGAUUUUUUAAUGGAAUUAUUAUUUAUUAUAAAUGCAUGUAGAAUUGCAAGUGCAAGACGUAUAACUGUUGUUAUUCCAAAUUUCCCAUAUGCUAGACAAGAUAAAAAAGAUAAAUCAAGAGCUCCAAUAACUGCAAAAUUAAUUGCAAAUUUAUUACAAGUUGCAGGAUGUAAUCAUGUUAUAACUAUGGAUUUACAUGCUAGUCAAAUUCAAGGAUUUUUUAAAGUUCCAGUAGAUAAUUUCUCUUAA